AUGGUUCGACCCCAACGGGUUCUUCCACUAGAUGCAAUAUUUGAUUUGCCCUAUGGUGCUAGGUGGGCUUGUGCACAUAACUGGGCCGACUCUAGCAGAUUCACUCUUCGCAUUUAUAGGGACCAAUUUGACCAAUUAAGCGUGUGGGAGGUAAUAUUUAAAUUUAUUGAGUGAUGAUACUACAUAUGCAAGACUAUGUGACUAUGUGAGAGCAUUAUGCAAGAAAUGUCCCGUGAUGGUUUAUAUGACAUGAAAACCAUUCAUGGGAAAUUUCCCACAUAUAAUUAUGAGGGAAUAUGUGUUUCCUCCAUGCCGUGGCCUAUCCAUGACGACCAAUCCUGGAUCUAUUUUCUACAAUUUGCUCGCAAUCAAUACGAACGAGUGGAGAUAUACAUCAAUGCCGAAAAGAAGCAAAUGGUUCAUCCAUCUCAACAACGCACUUCUAGGCGUCCUCCCAACCAAGGCACUUCCCAGCCAAUGAUUGACAUCAAUGUCCCCCAUGAUGUUUCGGAUAGUGACGAUGAUCCUGAUUAUAACGCUCUUUCCUUUUCUGAACACGAGAGCAGUUCUGAAGACAGUGAUGAUAACCCAAACGAGGACGAGGACGAGGACGAGGAGGAGUUUGUUGUACCCACAUAUCCUGAAGAACAACCAAUAUAUGUGGGUCGUGUAUAUGAUACAUUCGAAGAGUUGAAGCAAGAUGUGUCCCUUCUAAACCUCAAAGAAUAUCGAACUUUUCGUAAUGAGGCGAAACACAUAGAUUAUUGGCGAGAAAAGUGUGUUCAUCAUGAAACUUGUGUGUGGUAUAUUCAAGCAUCACAAAUCAAACACACCACACAGUGGAAAGUCAAACAGUAUCAACCGAAACACGAUUGUAUUCCCAACUACACACGAGGUAAGAACGAUAAACUGCUCACGAGUAAGUUAAUUGCCUAUGAAAUAGCCUCCAAAGUUUCAAGAUGGAUAUGCGUCCAAGCAGAAGAAGAGGACGACAAUGAUUUCAUGUUUUUUUAUAUUUUAGCGUUUUUAAUAAUUUAUUAUGAAGG